CUCUUCGGGGUAUAAAAGGGAGAACAAGUUUGUCAUUCAGAGGCUCUUAUUAUCUCGAUCAACUUCAUCGACACAAUAACAAGCAAACCUGGGUCAGAAAUCGUCAUCAUCAUGUUUUCCUCUGUUACUACCACUGGAGCUAUCUUGGCUAUGCUACAGGUUCUCCCUGCUGUCGCCGCGCCAACUGUUGCCAACAGAGAUGCUUCGCCCAUUCCUGGCUACGGCAUUGAGGAGCUCAUUUGGGAGGUUGAGACCACUCCCGGAGGUCCUACCGUAAACAUCACUGGGACCGUUGAGAACGUAUAUGAGGAGCUGGAGAAAAUCAACCCGACCUUCGUUUCUGAUUUCCGCCUCGACGACCCCGACAACAGCCCCUCGCUCGCUGCGCCCGUCAAGUCUCGCGGAUAUACCAUCCAGUCGUUCAAUUGCAAUGUCUAUGAUUAUGCUAGCUUGAAGGCCAUUCAGGCCGGCUUGGUGUACCUCAACGGCGUCCCCGGCAAGCCGAGCAACGGCCCAGGCCCAGGAAACUGUGGACGAGUCAGCUGCUCAUACAACUCAGCCAUUUACUGGUGCAACGAUAACACCUUUACCAAGACAAUCGACACUUUCGGUUACAUUUCGGGUGCUGCCCAGUCCAUUAUCAACCACUGUGGCACAGAGUCUCAUUUCACACCUGUUGGUGGCGCGUCUGAGCUAGCUACCAAGGGCAAAGUCUUCAUGACGGAUAAGUGGAAUGUCAUUAUUAGGUAUGAUAAGUGCUAAACAGCGCGCGGCAUGUUGGAUUAGUUGGUUGGUGUAAAGAGAGAGAGUUGCCCAGGGCUUGAAGCUCGAGGACUCCGGGCUUGCCCAUGGAUGUCGACGAUAGGUAUGACCAGAUAUGUCAG